CAGCAGCAGCAGCGGCAGCAGCGCUUUCUCCCUCUGUAACCUAAACAAUGACUCCUACUACAGACCAGAGGAAAGCACACUAAUAGAAUGCGUUACCCAGCACCAAAACCCUGCGUUUCGCUGCCAUUCCGACCACUCACUUAAAUGUGCCGACCGUAAACAUGUGGAUACCUACUGAACAUGAAAAAUACGGCGUCGUGCUGGCCAGUUUCCGAGGGACUGUUCAGCAUGGCCUCCCACUGGAAAUUGGAGACACGGUGCAGAUCCUGGAGAAAUGUGAAGGCUGGUACCGAGGAUUCAUCUUGAAGAAUCCUAAUGUCAAGGGGAUCUUCCCUUCCAGCUACAUCCACUUGAAAAAUGCCCACAUCAAGAAUAAAGGGCAAUUUGAGACUGUCAUCCCUGUUGAAGACUCUGUCAUCACAGAGAUGACAUCCACGUUGCGAGACUGGGGUGCCAUGUGGAAACAACUCUAUGUGAAGAAUGAGGGGGAUUUGUUCCACCGGCUUUGGCACGUGAUGAAUGAAAUACUGGACCUGAGGAGGCAGGUGCUGGUGGGCCACCUCACCCAUGACCGCAUGAGGGACGUCAAGCAGCACAUCACAGCGAGAUUGGACUGGGGCAACGAACAACUUGGCUUGGACCUGGUCCCCAGGCGAGAGUUCAGCAUGGUGGACCCAGAUGAAAUCAGCGUCACAGAGCUUUACAGACUGAUGGAACAUCGGCAUCGUAAGAAGGAGACUCCUGCGCCUGCUAGCAACCAUCACUUGUUUGUUCACGUGAAGAGCCUGAUGAGCGCCAAUCUGGGAGAGGAGCUUGAAAUCUUCUUCCACAUUUAUGAUGGACGAGAGAACCGGCCACUCAGUGAAAGGUUCUUUGUCAGGCUUAAUAAGAGCGGGUUGCCCAAGUCGCCAGAGAAGACAGAAAGACAAUGCACGCUGUUUGUGGAUUUGGGAAGCAGUGAUUUGCGAAAAGAUGUCUACAUUGUUGUACACAUCAUAAGAAUAGGGAGGAUGGGAGCAGGGGAGAAGAAGAACCUAUGUAGUGUACAGUACAGGCGGCCAUUUGGCUGUGCUGUUGUCAGCAUCGCUGAUCUCCUCACUGCUGAUUCUAAGGAUGACCACCUGCUCAAGGUUUAUGCGUGUAACACUGAGAGCGAGUGGUACCAGAUCCAUGAGAACAUCAUCAAAAAGGCCAAUUCCAGGUAUAACCUGUCUGGCUCCAACACCGGCCUAGCAGUAGCUCUCCAGCUCCUUCAUGGGGACAUAGAGCAGCUGAGACGGGAGUACAUGGUCCUCUUCACCCGGGGUGUGUCCAUCACCAGGAAACUGGGCUUCUCCGAUGUCAUCAUGCCAGGAGAGAUGAGGAAUGACCUUUACAUCACACUGGAGAAAGGAGAGUUUGAGAAGGGUGGGAAGAGUGUUGCCAGGAACGUAGAAAUCACUGUCUAUGUGCUGGAUUUGGAGGGACAGAUCCUCAAGAGUCACGUGGCUGCUGGCUCAGGUGAACCUGGUGUGGAUGACUACCACUCCUUGGUGCUGUACCACAACAACAGCCCCCGCUGGGCGGAGCAGAUCAAGCUUCCCAUCCCAGUCGACAUGUUUCGGGGGUCGCAUGUCCGGUUUGAGUUCCGACAUUGCUCCACUAAAGACAAGGGGGAGAAGAAACUGUUUGGCUACUCCUUUGUUCCUCUGAUGCAGGAGGAUGGCAGGACUCUGCCAGAUGGCACCCAUGAGCUCAUUAUCCAUAAGUGUGAGGAGAAUACAAGCUUGGCAGACUAUUCGCGCUACCUGAAGCUGCCAUUCUCUAAGGCCAACCUCCCAACCAACAACCAGACACUGAAGGGCACUAAGGAGUCUUUCUGGAUCACCAGCUUCCUCUGCUCCACCAAGCUCACACAGAACGGUGAUAUGCUGGACCUUUUGAAGUGGAGAGCCCACCCCGAAAGGAUCAACGACAGCCUCUCUAAGCUGAAGGAGAUUGAUGGCUCGGAGAUUGUCAAAUUUCUACAGGACACCCUGGACACUCUUUUUGGUAUUCUGGAUGAAAGCUCUCAGAGAUACGGGCUAAAGGUGUUUGAUUCACUGGAGCCUGUAGUGUCUGAGGAGGUGGAGCUAAUUGUGGAAAGCCUGCUGGGAGUUCUCCUGAGGACCAUCCUGGAAAUUAGCAACCGUCCCCAGUCUGCUGGCCCUGCCAUGAGACUGCAGUUCCAGGAUGUCACUGGAGAGUUUGUGGCGUGUUUGUUGGCACUCCUACGACAGAUGAGUGACAGACACUACCAGCAGCUGCUGCAGGCGUUCAGCAGCAAAGACGACCUGAGGGACUUCCUUCUUCAGAUCUUCACAGUCUUCAGGAUCCUCAUCCGACCAGAAAUGUUUCCUAAAGACUGGACUGUCAUGCGAUUGGUUACCAACAAUGUCAUCAUCACAACCGUCCUCUACCUUUCUGAUGCUCUGAGGAAAAACUUCCUCAGUGACAAGUUUGACUACAAGGUGUGGGACUCGUAUUUCUAUCUGUCUGUAAUAUUUAUCAACCAACCCUGUCUUCAACUGGAGUCCUUCUCUCCCUCGAAGAGGAAGAAGAUACUAGAAAAGUAUGGAGACAUGAGGGUGAUGAUGGGCUGUGAGAUCUUCAGCAUGUGGCAGAAUUUAGGGGAACACAAGUUGAACUUCAUCCCAGCGAUGAUUGGUCCAUUCUUGGAGGUGACGCUGGUGCCUCAGCCUGAUCUGAGGAAUGUCAUGAUCCCCAUCUUCCAUGACAUGAUGGAUUGGGAGCAGAGACGCAGUGGCAAUUUCAAACAGGUGGAGGCCAAGCUGAUUGACAAGCUGGACAGCUUGAUGUCUGAGGGCAAAGGAGAUGAGACAUAUAGGGAGCUCUUCAACAGCAUCCUGCUGAAGAAGAUUGAGAGAGAGACCUGGAGGGAGAGUGGGAUCUCUCUCAUCGCCACAGUCACUCGCUUAAUGGAGAGAUUGCUAGACUAUAGGGAUUGUAUGAAGCUGGGAGAAGUGGAUGGCAAAAAGAUUGGCUGUACUGUCAGUUUACUGAACUUCUACAAAACGGAGUUGAACAAAGAGGAGAUGUACAUCCGCUACAUUCACAAACUGUAUGACCUGCACUUGAAAGCACAAAACUACACAGAGGCGUCGUACACCCUGCUGCUCUAUGAUGAGUUGUUGGAAUGGUCAGACAGGCCACUCAGAGAGUUCCUCAACUACCCCAUGCAGAGCGAGUGGCAAAGAAAAGAGUAUCUGCAUCUCACUAUCGUCCAGAACUUUGACAGGGGGAAGUGUUGGGAGAAUGGCAUCAUCCUGUGCAGAGAGCUGGCUGACCAGUAUGAGUCUUACUAUGACUACAGGAACUUGAGCAAGAUGAGGAUGAUGGAGGCCUCUCUCUAUGACAAGAUCAUGGACCAACAAAGACUAGAACCUGAAUUUUUCAGAGUCGGUUUCUAUGGGAAAAAGUUUCCUUUCUUCUUACGGAAUAAGGAGUUUGUGUGCCGAGGCCAUGACUACGAGAGGCUGGAAGCUUUCCAACAGCGGAUGCUCAACGAGUUCCCCCACGCCAUCGCCAUGCAGCACGUCAACCAGCCAGACCAGACAAUAUACCAGGCCGAUGCACAGUACCUGCAGAUCUAUGCCGUAACUCCAAUCCCAGAGAGUCAGGAUGUGCUGCAGAGAGACGGAGUGCCUGACAACAUCAAAAGCUUCUACAAGUUCAAUCACAUCUGGAGGUUCAGAUAUGACCGGCCCUUUCACAAGGGCACCAAAGACAAGGAGAAUGAGUUCAAGAGCCUGUGGGUGGAGAGAACAACCCUGACUCUGGUCCAGAGUCUUCCAGGCAUCUCGCGCUGGUUUGAGGUGGAGAAGAGAGAGCUGGUGGAGGUAAGCCCGCUGGAGAACGCCAUCGAGGUGAUUGAGAACAAGAACUUACAAUUACGCACAUUGAUCACCCAGUGUCAGAGCCGGCAGAUGCAGAACAUCAACCCCCUCACCAUGUGCCUCAACGGGGUCAUCGACGCCGCUGUCAACGGAGGGCUGGCCCGCUACCAAGAGGCCUUUUUCGUGAAGGACUACAUUAUGAAUCACCCUGAGGAUGGCGAGAAGAUCGGGCGACUGAGGGAACUCAUGUUUGAACAGGCACACAUUCUGGAGUACGGGCUCGCUGUGCAUGAAAAGUUUGUUCCGCAGGACAUGAGACCUCUCCAUAAGAAGUUAGUGGACCAGUUUCAUCUAAUGAAAUCCAGUCUCGGCAUACAGGAGUUUUCAGCUUAUGUGCGUGCAAGCCCAGUGCACUUCACCAACGGAAGCCCACGACCAUGCAGGAACUCUGUGCCCAACAUCAUUAGCCCAGAUGGUGGCAGAGGGGUUGUCAGGCGGAGCUACCCAGCAGUGAACCGCUACUCCUCAUCCUCUCUGUCAUCCCAAGCCUCCAAUGAAGUCAGUAACAUAACAGGACAAUCGGAGAGCUCGGAUGAAGUCUUCAACAUGCAGCCCAGUCCGUCUACCUCGAGCCUCAGCUCCAACCAUUCUGCCUCGCCAAACGUCACCAGCUCAGCCCCCUCCAGUGCCAGAGGUUCACCCCAAAUGGCAGAGAAGCACAAGCAUUCCAGAGAAAAUGCGUGUUUGUCUCCAAGAGAGAGACCAGUCAGUGCCAUCUUUCCCAACCCUGUGGACCCUGCACAGAGAGCUCCUCCUCAUCAGAUAGGCGAUACCACUUUACCAAGGAGUGACCCCAACCUCUCAGCACCAGACAAAGUGAGACCCACACCCAGUAGCUGGAGCCUAGACAGUGUCAAAGAGGGCGCUCCAUCCUUCUCUGACUCUGUUGGCAAAUUGCUAUGCCCUCCUGUACCUCCUAGGCCACCGUACUCAGCAGGCUCCUCAGCUAAAAACAUGAGGUCGCAGUCCCCUGUUCCCACAUCCAGAUCGCCGCAAAAGACCACAAUACCACCUUUCACCCCUUCGCCAACUGAGUGCCAGUCUGCCAGCCUGGUCUCCAACUCCCCUGUCCUCUCUGGCAGCUACAGCAGUGGCAUCUCCUCCCUCAGUCGCUGCAGUGUAUCAGAGGCUUCAGGCACCGAGCUUCCUGCAGGUGACCACCCGCCCCACCCACUGCCUCCACCCACCACUUUGCCAAACUCUGUCUCCAGCAGCUCCGACGAGCCGAUCCGCAGGGAGAACAAGACACCGCCUCCCUAUAGCGUGUAUGAGAGGAACAACCCCCGCAGGCCUGUGCCAUUGCCCCAUAGUCUCUCCAUCCCCCCACAGACGGACCCCCCGGCCCUGCCACCCAAGCCACACCAGCUCCGCACAGGUAGCAUGAAGCUGGACGGAACCUCCGACCCUCGAGUCCCAAGACCGAGGCCUCUGCCCAGGAAGGUGUCCCAGCUAUAGGUGCUGGUUAAGGGUCCUUGUCUGGUGCUUGUGGAAGGAGGCGGAAGAAACACACUGGCGUAAUUUGCACUUUUCUACUGGGCACUCACUUGUUUUUUGUGAUCUUCAGUUUGGCAUUCCUGACCUACACUCCAAUAAAAGCAACAGGCCUAUAGAUUAACAGGCAUUCAAAAAACUGAAGAAAACUGUCAGAUAAAGAAAGUUUCUUUUUGUAUUUACUAGAGGGCAUUGCAUUGACUUCCGCACUUUUAGCUCUAGUACAUACAGUAGGUCACCACGGUCAAUCCCAACAUAUGUUUACCAGAACAUUCUAGAAAAACAGUUUUGAUAGAUGUAAUAAUCUCAAAUAUAUGUAUAUUGGUAUAUAUGAGAAUUGUUUUUGCCUUAAGUAUUGGAAACAGAGUCUUUUAUCCGUGAGUCUUGCACGUUUUUUUUUUUUUUGGUUUUUUUUAACAACUCAGUACAUUUUUAUACUGUGUGGCUAGAAAGGUGCUAGAGGCCUCAAGAAUACAUUUCAGUGAAGUGUAGUAGAGCAGGGUGUGUUACCAUAGUCAUAUCCACACAAUCAAUGGUACAAAAAAAAUCAAAAGUUGAAUUUAUGCUAACAAAAAUGUAUUUAGAUUAAAUUAAAAACUCCUGUUAUACCUGUAAUUUUUUCCAGUUUUUAAAAUUCUGACAAAAGUAAUGAUCACAUUUUGUCAUUUGCAGUAAUAUAUAAGGUUUGGUAGCUUCAGCACAGUAAUUUUAAGGUGGUUUUAAUUCCACAUAAUGAAUAAAUGUAAAUCAGAAAAUUAAAGAGAUUUUUGUUGGUAAAUUGCCACCUUAGCAAAUCACUCUACUGCCCUUUUUUCUCUAGAACCUUAAAAUUAGCCUCUUAACUUUGACACAAGUGAAGAAUUGCCCAAAUUAACAAUAACAUCAUGAUCCUGGACCAAACACAUGGGAAAACAUAAGUGCAAUUGCAUGCUUAGAAGCUAGAAUUUGCCAUUGGUCAUUGCCAUUUAUGUGAACACACCCUAAUCCUCCUGCAUGAUGUAAAUGACAAUAGAUCUUUAGCGGUGGGGGGUUAUCAAGUGUUGUGCCAAAGGAAAAUGUACAAAGAAAAUGUACAAUGUGCUCGUUUUUUUUUCUUCCUUUUUUUUCCUUUUUUUUUUUUUUUACUGGGACCUGGAAUCAAGAAGUUUGGAAAUGCUUAGCUAAAGAGACCUUUUUAAGAAAGAAUUUUCAAAAUGAUUUUACCCACAUGUUCUAAUUAAACUGUAAUCUACUGAUCACAUGUAACUCUAGACAAGCACAAACAAGAUUUUAUCAUCUGUAUUAUGACCAGUACUGUUACUAUGAAGUCUCCAUUUGACAAAGCAGUAAUUGGAAAAGAGCUUAAAUGUCAGCCGUGACCUUAAAAAAAAAAACACAUGACGACUGACACUCUUUUGGAGAAAUAUUUACAAACUAAUCAUUGUCAAAUAUUUGUACAGUUGAGAUUUACUUUCUCUUUGAUUAAAAAAUGGACGUGAGUUGAAUGCACUAUAAAUAGUUGCUCCGUUCAAUGACAUUGCAUUGUUGCAGUGAAGUAAGUGUUCAGUGGCAGACAGAUUUCACACAUUUUGUGAAAUAGAGAAAAGUUUGGCAUAAGAUAUCCAUCAAUCUUAAAUACCGGUUGGGGUUGGGGGGUAGCUUUAGUACUGUUUGUAUGUUUCAUUUUUGUAUGGUUGAUUUACUUUUGGAUUUGUUGUGAAUUUUUGACAUUAAAUAUUCACAUUAAUCAGUACUUGAGAACCUGUAAAUUAUAUGAUGAGAUUAAUGUAAGUAUGCCAAAUAUAAAAUUUGUGUAAUACAAUUAAUGUAAAUAUUGUGUUUUUAACAAAAUGUAGCUAUAACAAUUUACAGCUUUGAAUGUAAUGUUGAAGCAGCAAAUUAUUAUUAUAAAUGUUCAAACUUUUAUGGUUUUGUGAGUGUAGAAAAAUUAAGAUCAUGCAUAAUGACGCCUAACACAUUUACAAGUUCAAUAAACCGCCCUAUGUAAUGCAAAUGGUUUGACAGGCAGAUUUCUACGUUAUGACACCGUUGAGAUUUGUGAUGCAAGUUUGUCUUCUUGUAUGGUGAAUUGAAGUUUCACAAAACACCUGUCUACCCCUGCAAAGACUCAAGUUGAUUGACUGUCGUGAUGUUUUUAUCUCUAAAAAAACAUUUCUUAGUAUUUGUGGGUGGGAAGCCAGAUAGGGAUCA